AUUGCAGAAAGACGCCCUAAACGGCCAGUGCUGCUUCUUUCACCAUCUCUGCUGAGGUUUCUGACGCUACUUUACCACAUAAGAUGCGCCGGAGGAUUGACCGUGGAGACGACCGCAUGGGAACCGAUAAGAAUUCAGAAGGAGGAAGAAGAGCGGAAACGGGGCGCCGCUGCAGAGCAGGCCGUGAAGGCAUGACACGAAAGAUGAACAUUGGGUUGCAUUUGCUAGCAUUAUAUACGGUGUUGGAGUGUGGGAUUUAUGGCGUUGCUUGGGUGAAAGAUUAUGUUGGUGGUCACUGAUUAGCCAGACAUCUUGAAUUUGAUUCUAAAACUCUACUCCAUGGGUAUCUUCACUGUGAUCAUGCAAGGGUUUAAAAAAAAAGAGAAG